GGCGGGGUUUACAAACCGGAAGUGAUACCGCAGGAAAGCUCGCGCGCUGAUCUGCAGUUAAUAGAAGUUGUUGUUUAUUUUUGACAGCAUGGGGCGGAAAGUUACAUUAGCGACUUGCUCGCUGAAUCAAUGGGCUUUAGAUUUUGAUGGCAAUUUACAAAGAAUACUGAAAAGUAUUGAGAUCGCCAAAUCUAAAGGGGCCAACUACAGACUGGGACCAGAACUGGAAAUCUGUGGCUACGGAUGCGCUGAUCACUUCUAUGAAUCCGACACACUUCUGCACUGCUUCCAAGUCCUCAAGACACUGCUGGAGUCCCCCGAGACGCAGGAUAUAAUCUGCGAUGUUGGCAUGCCUGUUAUGCAUCACAACGUUCGCUAUAACUGCAGAGUCCUGUUCCUGAACAAGAAGAUUUUAUUGAUCCGGCCUAAAAUACUUUUGGCAAAUUAUGGGAACAACAGGGAAUUCCGCUGGUUUUCUCCUUGGAGUAAGCCCAGAUAUGUUGAGGAGUACUUUUUGCCACGAAUGAUCCAGGAUGUGACAGGACAGGUGACUGUUCCAUUUGGUGACGCAGUCCUGUCCACUAAGGACACGUGUAUAGGGAGUGAGAUCUGUGCUGAACUGUGGAACCCCAGGAGUCCACAUGUGGACAUGGGUUUGGACGGGAUUGAGAUCUUUACAAACUCAUCCGCCAGCUAUCAUGAGCUACGCAAGGCUGACCAGAGGGUGAACCUGGUCAGGUCAGCCACCACAAAGAGCGGAGGGAUCUAUCUGUUCGCUAAUCAGAAAGGCUGUGAUGGAGAUCGUCUGUACUACGAUGGCUGUGCUAUGAUCGCCAUCAAUGGAGACAUCACUGCUCAGGGGACACAGUUCUCCCUUGAUGAUGUGGAAGUUCUCACAGCCACUCUUGACCUCGAGGACGUGCGCAGCUAUAGAGGAGAGAGAUGUCACCCGCACAUGGAGUACGAACACAAACCAUACGAAAGGAUCAAGGUCGAUUUUUCAUUGUCUGACUGCAAAGACACCUUCUUGCCCACUCACCAGGCCAUCGACUGGAUCUUUCACACUCCUGAGGAGGAGAUUAGUCUUGGUCCUGCAUGCUGGCUAUGGGACUAUUUAAGGAGGAGUGGUCAGGCUGGCUUCCUGUUACCUCUCAGUGGUGGAGUUGACAGUGCGUCCUCAGCCUGCAUCGUCUACUCCAUGUGUGUACUCAUCUGUCAGGCAGUCAAAAAUGGCAAUGAUCGAGUGUUGGAAGAUGUUCAGCGAGUGGUGAGUGAUGCCUCCUACAGGCCUGUAGAUCCGCAGGAGCUAUGUGGACGCCUCUUCACCACCUGCUACAUGGGCAGUGAAAAUUCUUCAGAGGGCACUCGCAACCGAGCAAAAGAGCUGGCUGCUCAAAUCGGCAGCAAGCAUCUCAACAUCAACAUUGACAUGGCAGUGAAAGGCAUGCUGGGAAUCUUCUCCAUGGUGAUGGGCAAGUGGCCUAAUUUUCGUGCAAAUGGAGGAAGCAGUAGAGAGAAUUUGGCUUUGCAGAAUGUACAGGCUCGUGUCAGGAUGAUUUUGGCCUACCUCUUUGCCCAGCUGUAUCUAUGGGCUCAAGGGAAACCUGGAGGUCUGCUGGUGCUUGGUUCAGCCAAUGUGGAUGAGAGUUUGACUGGCUACUUCACUAAAUAUGACUGCUCCAGUGCUGACAUAAACCCCAUUGGAGGUGUUAGUAAGAUGGACCUGAAGAACUUCCUGCUUUACUGUGCUGAGCACUUUCAGCUCUCCAUUCUUAAGAGCAUCGUGGCUGCCCCUCCCACUGCGGAGCUUGAACCCUUGACCGAUGGCCAGGUGUCUCAGACCGAUGAGGCCGAUAUGGGGAUGACCUAUUCGGAGCUGUCUGUGAUCGGCAAGCUUAGGAAGAUCUCCAAGUGCGGCCCGUACAGCAUGUUCUGCAAGCUCAUUCACUCCUGGAGAGAAAGCUGUUCCCCUUCACAGGUGGCUGCAAAAGUGAAGCAUUUCUUCCGGAUGUACUCAGCCAACAGGCACAAGAUGACUACAGUGACUCCGUCAUACCACGCCGAGAGCUACGGCCCGGACGACAACCGCUUUGACCUUCGUCCCUUCCUCUACAACACACGCUGGUCUUGGCAGUUCCGCUGCAUUGACAAUGAGAUUUCCUUAAUGGAGGCUGGAUAUGCAGAAUACAUAUAAGAUCCUUAUCUAAUGGUGUUCUAAUGGACGAUUCUUGUUUAAGAUUCUGAUCAUAUUUCUGUUAUGUCAAAUAAUAUCCUGUUGAAUGA